GUGUUAUAGAUCUAUAUCUCUAUUCCUAGUAGACAAUGGCUCACAAUUGGAACAUUCCUCCCAAAUCCCCACACGAUCUACCAGCCUUUCUAAAUCACUCAUCUGGUGAGCCGCCGCAUGGGAUAAUCCAACAUAUAGACAAUCCACCAAAUGCGAACGGAGGCGCUAUUGUUCUCGCCGUCAUCUGUCUGCUUCUCACCACCGCUGCCUUCCUGCUGCGUGCUUACGCGCGCUUCUUCGUUCUCAAGAAAUUUUAUAUCGAAGACCUUCUAGGUCUAUGUGCCUUCGGAUGCUAUAUUGGCACUAUCUGCACCUACUUCCUUUUCCUGCGAACCAUCGGCUUCUUUGUACAUAUGUGGGAUACUCGAUGGCACGACUUGAUUGAGAUGGCAUCUAUUGCAUUCGUUCUAAACAUAAUUUACCAACUCAACCAACUCUUCGUGAAAGUUUCGAUCUUGCUGGAGUGGGCGCGCAUCUUUACCCCCGACCACGGCCGCAGCAUCUUCUUCUGGGCCAGCCGAGUUCUGAUAUGCGCUGCUAUAAUUGGCUAUACCGGGGGUAUAGUGAUCACAGUCGUCCGCUGCGUCCCCGUGGUGCCAAUCUGGCGCUUCUACGUUACGCCGAAGUGUCUUAUUCAAAAGGAGAGGGUCGACAUUUUAUGCAUAUUCAACAUCUCUCUGGACACCUUCAUUCUCAUUUUGCCGCAAUGGGUUAUCUGGAAGCUGCAGAUAAGCCGAAAACGCAAGUUAGGUGUGUCGCUUGUCUUCUCCAUCGGUAUUCUCGCCUGUAUCUGCGCAGCUGGUCGCUUGGGCGCGCUUGUAUACGCUGAUGACUCGUCUUAUUUCGUCUCGUUGACGCUGGUGUGGAUGCUCGCGGAGGAGACCUGCGCUCUGCUGGUAUUUUGCGUGCCGUCAGUACCUAAGGCCUUCGACCCCAACAACCCGAGGUCACUGGUUAUAAAACAUCCAUGGACGCAUCUAUUCUCCAGGUUCCGGAGUCGACCAACACCCGAACCCCAGGGAAACACCUACCAUGUCUGGAUGCCUCUUACAAGAGCCGAAAGUAGCCCCCUUGGUAGCAUGCACGCGUACCGUACGGACGAAGAAGCCCAGACACAGGUCCUUGCCGAACCUAAUGGAAUACAUAUGAAGCAAGUAAACACGCAACUUAACUCAGUUACAGAACAUCAAUCACACAGAGGCGACGAAGUAUCGGGUUGAACCAUAGUCACAUUAAUUCCAUCCAACCUCAUCCACGGUGAUGUCAUGGAUCAGGGGUAUAGAUUGUAAUAGCUCUCUACCCAGAACCCCUAAACCUCUCCGUAAACGCCGGCUCCGGCCUCCUCCCAUAAGGAAUAACCCAUACCAAAUGCCUCCUCUCGCC